CGGCGCAUUUGUUUUGGAGUUUCUAUUAACCAACUUGCCUGAAUUAUCGUUUCGUUGCUGUCUGGCUUCCAUGCGCUAAAUGAAUUAUUUGUGAGCACUUUUCAAGCAUUCCACAGUUGUCAGUUGCCGGAAUUCUUCGAUUACGUUAGAAAUGCCUCAAGAUGCAUCAGGCAAGCCGCAGAAGACCAAGGGAUUGAGGAAUUUUGCUCGUGUUCUGAGCGAUAAAGAAUCCGAUUUACCUUCACCAUUCUCAAGAACAGACGAUGGAGAGCAGUUACUUCCUUCAGCCUUCAGGGGACGACUGUACGAGCUGUUUGGACAGAUCGAGAAGGAGUUCGAGUCUCUCUACGCGGAGAACCUUUCAUUGAAAGAAAAGAUCGAGGCCCUGAGCGAACAGCUGGAACGUGAGGCAGCGUUGCCCAUUGCAGAGCGACCCUUCACGCACGAGAUUGCCGAGUAUGGAGACCAGGCGUCCGACAAGGUGGCGCAGGUACCAAAGGCCACAGUCAAGCACAAGCGGGAAUCCAUCACCGCCAGCCAACUGUCUCAAAAGAUAAAGAGCACGUACAAGCUGAAAGCUUCUACGAGCCGCAUCGUGUCCAGUUUCAAGACAUCUAACUUGGGCUGUCAACUGGCCGUUAGUUACUUCGGGCACCGUGACGGAGUCUGGGAGGUCAGCACCUCUCGGUCAGGACUACCCAUUAUUGCCACUGCUUCUGCAGAUCACACAGCUAGGCUAUGGGAUAUCCAGACUGGACAGUGCGUACUGCAGUACGCCGGUCACUCGGGGUCUGUCAACUCUGUGAGGUUCCAUCCAACACAGGACCUGCUUGUCACGGCUUCAGGCGAUCAAACUGCGCACGUGUGGAGGGCAGCUACCUCAGCAUCAUCUGCUCUGGAGCUUGUCAAAUGCCACUCAUCUGAGGAUGAAGUUGACCUGUCAGAGAAGGAAGAUGAUAUAGAUUCUUCAAGCAACGUGAUUGUGAUGAAGAGCCCUCUGACUGAGCUCUCUGGUCACAGCAGCGUAGUGAUAGCAUCAGACUGGUUGGCUGGUGGAGACCAAGUUAUCACAGCUUCGUGGGAUAGGACAGCAAAUGUCUAUGAUGUACAUACUGGAGAGCUUGUUAUUCAGUUAGUAGGGCAUGACCAGGAACUUACCCACACCAGUGCACACCCAAUGCAACGGCUGGUAGUAACGUCAUCUAAAGACACUACCUUCCGUCUGUGGGACUUCCGAGAAGCUAUCCACUCUGUCAGUGUUUUCCAGGGUCAUACAGAGUCUGUUACAUCAGCAACAUUCACAUCAGGAGAUAAGGUUGUCUCAGGUAGCGAUGAUCGUACGGUUAAAGUCUGGGACCUGAAAAACAUGCGUUCUCCAUUGACGACAAUAAGACUAGACUCACCUGUAAACAGAUUGGCAGUUUCCAAUCAGCACAUCAUAGCCAUUCCGCAUGAUAAUAGACAAGUGAGGUUGUAUGACCUUUCUGGAGUCCGGCUUGCACGGCUACCUAGGAAUAACAGACAGGGUCACCGUCGUAUGGUGUGUGCGGCAGCUUGGCUAGACUCUGACCAACCUAACCUGAAAGCCAACCUGUUCACCUGCGGCUUUGACCGCACUGCUCUUGGCUGGAAUAUCAGCUCUCCCUUGAAGGAAGAUUUCAAGGCUGGUCUCUUGAAGGCCAAUUAAGUGUAUCUCAGUGUAUCCUAAGUUUGAGUGGUGAGGAGAAGCUCGGGUGUUAAAGUUGUAGGACAUAUAUGCCGGCGUGUCAUAAGAUUUGGAGCAGCAACGUGUGUUAGGUAGUUCAUCUAAACCACUAUAUAAUAGAAACGAACAAUGGAUAGCUUACAAACACUAGCACUCUGCUACCUGUGCUGCAAUUGGUACAUUUUCCACUGUUUAAUCAUGUACCCUGUGCAGUAAGUUUGGCUACAUGUGACGAGAACGGAUAUGGGGUCAGCUGAUAGGUACGGUGCUGGACAAAAGUUUACGGAACACGCUCCGGCGCAUUCCUUCCCAAAAGUGACACGCUACCAGCGAAUGGGACCAUGUUGACCUACAGACAUGUAUCUAGGUAACCCAGUAACCUGUUUGCAAAUCUGUAUGGUACCGUUCACUGCUGGUGUGUCACUCUGAGGAAGGAGUGCGCCGGAGCUUGUUCCGUAAACUUUUCUCCAGCACUGUACAUAAGGAACACAAUACAUUAGACUGAAUAUAGAAUGUGAAAUGCAUGACUUACAUGCACAUUGUGUACAGCUUGAAAUACGGCAAUAAUCGAGGCUGGGUCCUAAGAUUGGCAGUGCCACUAAGGAGAUGAGAUUUAACAAACAGCUGUUCACUAGCCUUUUACAUAGGUAAUGACUGCUGGUGAUUGGAAACUUUUAAUGGUGCAAUUCAUGCAGCAUGCUGAACAUGCAUUGUUCCUAAGAGGCUUAGAAGGAUGUGUAAGUACUCACCAACAAAUAUCCACCUAGAAGUUGCUUUGCAGCCCAAUGUUAGAUACCUCAUAGCAAACUGUCGAGUUGCUAUGUGAUGUACAUAUAUAACCCUAUAUGCUACCACUUCACGUACAGGCAGAGCAUGCCAUUGUGUGGUCUAGUCUUGUAAAUAGACAGAAUAUUUUAUCUUAAAUCUGUAAGCCACCAGCCAUCUAAAAAUACAAGUGAAGUAUGCUAUGCACAAGUUACAAUCUUUGCACCUGUUAGUCCAUUGUGGUGCUCCCACUGAUCUGUUUCUGUCCGACAUUAAAAACGGUUACCAACAACAUCA